AUGAGCAAACAUUUGGCAUUCAUCUUUUUUGGACUCAUUGUCCUUUCAGCGCAAACCAGUGUUUUUUGCCGUUUGAUAUCGAAAAUUGGUGAGCCGCUUAGCCAGGUGCCAAAAAUCGGCGAUAACGGAAUAACGAGUGCCGAUGCUGAUGCUAUUGAUUCCAUUCAAGAUGGCGUCGGCGACAUUGUAUCUGAUAGUAAUACGAUUGAAACAAUUUUCAAUCCUAUUGCCAUACCGAUUGAUCUGCUAAAAAAACUACUUUCUAUUAUUUCUGGUUCUGAAGAAGGCCCUAGUUCGGAUGCUCCCGCACCUGAGGAAGAAAGUACUACUGCGGAUGCUACUGAAGUACCAAGUGGCCCUAGUUCGGAUGCUCCCGCACCUGAGGAAGAAAGUACUACUGCGGAUGCUACUGAAGUACCAAGUGGCCCUAGUUCGGAUGCUCCCGCACCUGAGGAAGAAAGUACUACUGCGGAUGCUACUGAAGUACCAAGUGGCCCUAGUUCGGAUGCUCCCGCACCUGAGGAAGAAAGUACUACUGCGGAUGCUACUGAAGUACCAAGUGGCCCUAGUUCGGAUGCUCCCGCACCUGAGGAAGAAAGUACUACUGCGGAUGCUACUGAAGCACCAAGUGGCCCUAGUUCGGAUGCUCCCGCACCUGAGGAAGAAAGUACUACUGCGGAUGCUACUGAAGUACCAAGUGGCCCUAGUUCGGAUGCUCCCGCACCUGAGGAAGAAAGUACUACUGCGGAUGCUACUGAAGCACCAAGUGGCCCUAGUUCGGAUGCUCCCGCACCUGAGGAAGAAAGUACUACUGCGGAUGCUACUGAAGUACCAAGUGGCCCUAGUUCGGAUGCUCCCGCACCUGAGGAAGAAAGUACUACUGCGGAUGCUACUGAAGCACCAAGUGGCCCUAGUUCGGAUGCUCCCGUACCUGAGGAAGAAAGUACUACUGCGGAUGCUACUGAAGCACCAAGUGGCCCUAGUUCGGAUGCUCCCGCACCUGAGGAAGAAAGUACUACUGCGGAUGCUACUGAAGCACCAAGUGGCCCUAGUUCGGAUGCUCCCGUACCUGAGGAAGAAAGUACUACUGCGGAUGCUACUGAAGCACCAAGUGGCCCUAGUUCGGAUGCUCCCGCACCUGAGGAAGAAAGUACUACUGCGGAUGCUACUGAAGCACCAAGUGGCCCUAGUUCGGAUGCUCCCGUACCUGAGGAAGAAAGUACUACUGCGGAUGCUACUGAAGCACCAAGUGGCCCUAGUUCGGAUGCUCCCGCACCUGAGGAAGAAAGUACUACUGCGGAUGCUACUGAAGCACCAAGUGGCCCUAGUUCGGAUGCUCCCGUACCUGAGGAAGAAAGUACUACUGCGGAUGCUACUGAAGUACCAAGUGGCCCUAGUUCGGAUGCUCCCGCACCUGAGGAAGAAAGUACUACUGCGGAUGCUACUGAAGCACCAAGUGGCCCUAGUUCGGAUGCUCCCGUUUCGAAUUCGCCCGAAGAUGAAAGUAAUGCUCCUAAACUACCAGUUGGCUCCAAUUCCGAUGCUCCUGUUUCCGGUUCAUCUGAAGACAAUUGUAAUGAUGAUGAAUCCGAUGCAUCUGAUUUGUACUAG